AUGAACCGACACGCGCUGGCUGAGGCCACGAGUCUGCACGACGGCCCCGUGCCCGUGUACCUCAUGGAAGAGAUCGCAAACGCGACACGCGCGAGCGAGCGCGACGCCGAGAAAACCGCCGACUUUAUGCUCGCGCGACUUCACAAGAGCAACUUGAACGUCAAACUGAAGGCGCUGCAGAUCAUUUCGUUUUGUAUCCGAAACGGCAGUCGCUCGUUUGCUGAGGCUGUUCGCGACAAGGAGCAGGAGAUUGCCGUGUACUUGCAAAUCUCAGGUCUGUCGGAUCCAGUGUAUGGUGACGAAAAGUACCGCCGCAUUCGGGUCGCUGCACAGGAAGCACUGGUGUGCUUGAAUGUCAGUUUCCUCUCGCGUCAGCAGGACGAGCCGCCGCCACCGCCACAACAGCACGCUCUUCAGGGGGACGCCGACAGCUGGCAGGCUUCAGCAAGAGACAAUGCGCCAGCUUAUGGUAGUGCUGAUACUGCGUGCCACCAAGCGGAACGACAGCACACGAGUGUUGGUGGAUCGUGGGGACAACCGCAGCCUCCUGGCCGACCGAUGCCUUAUCAGGAUAAUCCAUCUGAAGGCUACGCUAGGCCGCCUGGACCGGCAAGCUAUGACGGACGCUCGGGCGGAGAAGGUCACCGUGGCUCUGAGAGCGAUAACAAUCAUUUCGGGCAAAACGGUGGUGGCAUAGGGGGAUACGGCAACACCCCGAACUGUCCGCAGAGUAGAUAUGGCCAGAGUGCUCAAGCACCGCAGCCGCCGCAACGGCAAGCAAGCGGCUUUGGCUCGUGGUCUGCCCAGCCGGGAUCUGGCGUGGCGUCGAAGAGCACUGGCGCCGGCACUUGGAGCAGUUCAGGCUAUCAGAAGAAGGACCUUGCGGCAGAAAAUGAUCCGCGCUACAACCCGUCCAUGCGGCGAGACAACCGCCCGACAGUGCUUGUGGGACACGCGCUCAACUUUCCAAAGCCAGCGGGAGGAUUCGGCAGUAGCAAUACGAGCGCAACGUCAGGACUUGGUGGAUUUCAAAGUGGUACAUACAAUCCGAACGCCGUUCGUAGCGCUAGCGGUGCGACUGCGUUCAAUCCGAAUAUGGCUGAAGGCAGUGCGCCAGGCGGCUUCGCUAGCCAUCAGGUGGGCGGAGCACCGUCAUAUGCUGACAAAAUGAACCGCAUGAGCGGCAAUGCUCACCGCAUUGGUAGCAUGGGUCUUCCGGUCAACGGACAGCCUCUUCCGGAUGCGCUACCGACGGCUCUCGGCAAGAGAGCAGAAGUGCUGAAAAAGCUAGGUACAGCAGCGCUGGAAAAGUGGGACCGCCGCAAUAUGGACAAAUCGAUGGCGUCAUCCCUGGCUGAUCACGAUGAAUUGCGCGCUGGUCCGCAAAUUGUUGAACACGGUUAUUAUCAGUCGAAUGCUCGACGGGGGGCAGGUGGGGGCGACACCAGCAGGGACUACGAGCGCACGAUGAUCGACAACUUGUGCGCACCGGCAGGUCUUUCGCGCGCGCCGCCUGCAGAUGGGCUCAAACGGUUUGUCGACCUUGCACAGACACUGGAUGCGCAAACGAUUGGAGACAUUGUACUGGACAAGCUAGAAGACGAGACUUGGCAAGUUUGUCUGAAAGGUUUGCACGUAGUACAAGCGCUGCUGGAUUCACCAGGUGCAGCACCAUACGAGGAGUUUUUCGAGGAAAAUGUGGAGGUUAUCGAAGAGCUGCGAAAGGAUGCCAAACCUAGCGUAGUAUCGAAGGCAAAGCAGGUUCUGCGUGCGCUCGGCUACGAAGACGAUGCCCACGAGGCUCCUAAGCUUGACAGCAAAGGCGUGGGCGCUACACGACUUCAGCGUGGCAGAUCCCCGAAAGACCGUGUGCAGCAGCCACAGCAAGAAGUGGAUCUCCUAGGCUUUGACUCGCUCAGUCUCGAGUCAUCUGCUUGCCCUGUUGAUCAUGGUGCUACGGCUUCGGUGGAUCUCCUUUGCUCUCCGGUCCGCCCACAGCCGCCACCGGCUUUGACGUCUAUGGAGGAAGUCCUGCUCCUGGAUGGCUAUGAUACACAAGCAAGCUCCGGUCCUCCGUACGCUCCACAGCAGCAAGUUGUUCCGAAAGCAUAUGCGCAGUUGGCUCAAGCUCAUGUGGAUGAGCAGAACAAAGCAAUGAGCCAUUAUAGAAAGGGCUUGUUCUCAAUCGCCAACUCUCCAUGCAGCGCGGGGACAGCCGUUGGCACAGCACCACGCUCUGGGGCUGUCGACAGUGUGUGCCUGGGCGGCGGUAAUAAUCACUCAGCAUUCGCAUUCAUGUAG